UUUCCCAUGAUGCCGUGCGGUAGUGGUAGUCAGUCACACGGUGGCGACUUUCAAACCCACGGUCAAAUUUUCGCCUUUACCCAAGGCAAAUAAAACUAAUAAGAAAAUUGCAAACGUUUCAACGUCAAGGAAACAGAAUAAUGAAGGACCUACCUACAUCCACACAAAACCUUGAGGAAGCGGAUGUGACGAUAGCGCCAACAUUACUGAAUGUUCCCGACGGUUCAAAUUCACACGGAUAUACGGGAGAAAUUGUUGGUCUGGCUGGUAAAACGGCAGGGGCUGAAAAAGAAUCCAAAUGUUCUGAACAUGAAUUCGGAGCAAGCAAGGAUCAGGUUAACAUCGCCAAAAAGAACGAAAAUAUCACCGUGUCUUCCUGCUCCUCGCUUGAAAACAUGCACGCGCGACACUGCAACAUGACAGCCGAUAAACAACAAUUUAACACAGCUGAGAGUGACACAGAGAUGGCGAGAAGAGCAAAGGAGGAAGGCAUUGUCAGUGUGGUCUUCCGGGGAACUGUGACUCAGGAAGGCUGCUGCCGUUUUGUCAGCGAAAUCCUCAAAUGUAUUUUGUAUCAGAGACAACAACUGCCCAUGACCUACGACCAACUAGUCUACUCCCAGAAAAAACGGCAAGACUCAAAAGCGGAUAAAGAUGUUGUUAGUGGAAGGCAAGUGAAUUUGGCAGAUGUGAAUGAGCGCAAGUGUGAGAAGACGCUCCAGGACCUGGAGGAGGUGCUUCAUCAGCUGGAGGUCCUGUUCUCCCUGAGCACUGUUCCACGAGUGCUGCUGCUCAUGGGUGGCUCACUUGUCCUCCCCAAAGAGAUAUACGAGAUCAACCUGGAGGCGCUGGUAUUGGAAAGUGGUGAUCAAUGUCUACGGGUGUCGUCGUGUUUAAGACAACUCUUCCGCACUCUUUUUGUAGCUGACCUUUUGUCUGACAGCAGACCGGGACGUUUAAUGCCCACCACGGUCUUGGUACUGGCCCACAGGGACUGUGGGGUAGGUUGGUUCCACCCUAAACUACGAUUUAAAGUACCAACUUCUGUCAAAAAACAAACGAUUGCUCUUUGUACAGAUCCAUGCAGUUGCAGGAAUGCAAGCACAGACAUACUGGACUGGCAGGAAUAUGUGUGGUUUCAAGCACCUACGACCAUCAAAGGCUUUUGUAACUGACUACAAAUGUGGUCUAUAUGCUAAUUUUUUUAAAUGAUGGUUCAAAUGAGUUUUGAAUAUAUAUUUUACAUUUUUAUUUUUCUAUUUCAUGGCUUAAACAUACAUGCAAAUCAGUCGCCUUUCGGGGAAAUUCGCCGUUUUGAACUCAAAAUAGGCGAUUUACGUGAAUCUUAUAGAUCCGAUGAGUUUUUCCUUGGGGAGGGAGGUCGCCAUAGCUGUCGUCAUAGGCGGUCGGGACCUGCUUUGGAUAAGUCACAGCAGUUGAAGAGACCAGAAAAAAACACUUCCGCCGCUUCUGCUGUUAAGAAGUAACUACUUUUACGCGUUACAAUGAUCUAAAUGUCGCUCGCUACUUUUAUUGAUCAAUUAUUGCUUAUUUAUCAACUAUUUCGUGUGCGCGACUAUGACUUCCACUUCUGCAUUUGGCGUGGUUUGCCCCAACCUAAGAGCUAGUGACGUUUAAGUCUAUUUCACCAAUCAAACGAGACAAAGUCACAUGACCUCACACAACAUCUUCUAUUGGGCUUCCUGGGUAUCGGUAUUAACACUAGAUAAGCCAGCUCGGCUGAUCAUCGUGCCUGAAUGGCCACCAUUUUGGGAAAGUCGUCGUUACCAUGACGGCAACGGCGCGCUACUCUUGUUUACAUUUAGACGAACAAAAACAACAGCUUUCAUGUAUUGUAGUAUUUGUCUGGAACUGUCUGCCCAAACGUGGAUAUUUCAGCUCACUUAUAACUUGAGAAAACACCGUGCAGUGAAUUGAAAAUGUUUUUGUUUUUUUAUUUAUUUUUUUGGUGCAAUUUACUCAGUACUUGAGUAAUUAUUUCACUGUGUACUUUACUCUUACUCAAGUAUUUUUUGGAGGACUACUUUUUUACUUUUUUUUUUAUAAAGUAGAUGAUAAUAAA